AUUUCAGUUGAUUUCAGCAGUAAGUUAAAGGUCUGGGGAAUCAAAACGCUCUGCAAGAGUGGAGUGCUUCUUGGGACGAUGGAAAACGACGUUCUUACGACGCUGAAGAUCUUGAUUGUUGGCGAAAGUGGAGUUGGAAAAUCUAGGUAAGCUGAUAGGGUUAUUACAGAUAAGUUUCAUGUUUAGGUUAUUUGCUUCAGUCAGCCGUUUAUGUUAGCUUAUCACUCAUUCCAGUGGUUAAGGAUGCAGAGUCCAGGUUUGUAGGUUUUAUACAUAAUUUUUACGUAGAAACGGGCAGGAAUUUUUAUGGAAGUAAUCUCUGUAGAAGUGCAGUGUUACAUGUGAGCUCUGUAGAAAAAAGUAAACAUAUAAUUUUAAGAUAAAGCUAUAAUUUACUUUUAAAUUAUGUUAAGGGUUUGUUUUAAAUGACUGUUAAAUUGAUGAUUGCAAAAUUGUUCACCUAAAUUUUAUGCAGCCUACUCCUGAGGUUCACUGACGACACGUUUGAUCCUGAUAUUGGAGCCACAAUAGGUAAGUAUUGGAGUGGGCCAUGUACAGUGCCAUCCUUGGGGGUUGUUUACCAGGGAAAUUUGUGUGUUUUUGCUAAAGGUUUGGCACAAACUCCUCUAUGUUAAAGCAACAUUUUCCCACCAGAAAGGUAUCGCUGUCCCGACCUCUUUAUUUGUACAGUGUAUGCUGUGUUUCAACAGCUAAAACAGCAAAUAAUUAUUCUUUUUAGAAAAUCCUUACACUGCACUUUAAUGUGAAAAACAAAAUGCACAGACACAGUCAAACCUCAAAGUGUGACUGCCUCCAGCUUAUGAGAACAACUUGCAAAGCAACAACUUUUCGUUGUGUCAAGCUGCUGUGUUGUUCAAACCACAAUGCUGUUACUCAGCUGCUACACUGUACAUGAGAAUGAAAAAUAUUGCAUGAUGACUUGCUCAUGCAGGUGGUUAGACAGGCAGCAUCGAUUCUCAACAGUAUUUCAUGAAAUGUUGCAGAAAUUUGUUGCGUAUAUACCUCCCAUCUAGUUUUACCAAUAAACUGGGGCUUAUUUCUCAUAUUAUUAUUACCUGUCAUGGUGUGGACCUGCAAUUCUCUGCCAUGCUCCAAGAGUUUAAAUUUCAUGAUUUUUUUCUGUUGUCAAUUAAUUCCUUCCUUCAGGUAAAUCAGCAAUAAGAGAGAUCAUGGUUUUCAGUUAACAUGCAUAACUCUAUCACUGCAAUGAUCUUCUCAACAUUUACUGUCAUGUGCUCUCCGUGAAUUGUUUUAUUUUAACAACAUAAUGAGGAGUAUCACAGUUUUAAUGUACAAACACAACUUGAAACCAGCCUCAUUUUAAAAAAAAAAUAUGAUAAGACUUAUCAACAAAUUUUUAUUAGUAAUAUUAUUAUUGAAGCCGCUUGGAGCUCAAACUUUGCUUUCUUUGAUUUGCAGGUGUCGACUUCAAAGUUAAAACACUUACUAUUGAUGGCAACAAGGCAAAACUCGCUAUUUGGGUAAAUACUUCAUUCCUACAGUGUGUAUUUUGGCUGCCAGAUAAUUUAAAUUAUUAAAAGCUGAAUCAUUGGAUAAGCCUUUAUACCAUGCUCUCUAAAUGGUAACUGUACGCGUCUGCACAAAAUUAAAAACAAGAUGAAAAUCGGCUGUUUUUACAAAAUUAAUAAAGUCAUGUGGAAUUGUCGAUAUUUUGUGGGCGUUUUUAAUAAAACAAUUAUUCCACUCGCGCUUGUUGGAUAUGAGAUGAUUAUAGCCAACUUGGCGCUCAAGCCUCAUUGGCUAUCUACCAUCUCAUAUCCAAUGCACACUCGUGGGAUAAUUGAUAAUUAUAGCAUGCAGGAUAAACCAUUUUACCCUCACAGCUGGUGCAAUAUUGAGUGAUGUAUUAUUUAAGUCAUACUGAAUGGGAUGAUUUCGGGCCUAAGGAAGUACAGGCAUUAAUAACAAUAAGUAGGUGUCUUGGAACUCAAUCUAUUUUACAGUGGAACCUUGAUAACGAAGUGCCAAGGGACUGGCAAAAUUUAUUCGCUAUAACAAGGUUUCAUUAUAUUGAGGUACUUUUCCAUAUGUUUUACUAUUACUGGGGUAAGGAAAAUCGUUUGUUAUACCGAGGACUUUGUUAUAUAGAGGUUUGUUUUAUCGAGGUUCCACUGUAAUUAGAUACAUACUUAGAGCCCGUUCGGUUUUGUACUCUUUUAUGAAUUGUUUUUUUCUGUAAUAUGUUUUUCUCUUCUCUUGUGCCCAUCUCAACUAGCACAAAAGCUAAUUUCUGGCAUAUUAAAUGGCAUUGUCCUUUUAUAAUAAGAAAAGAAAGAUUUUAAAAAAAGCUUGUUUUUGUUGUUGUACCCUAGGAUACUGCAGGUCAGGAGCGCUUCCGAACAUUGACACCCAGUUAUUACAGAGGAGCACAAGGCGUUAUUUUAGGUAGUUACUUAACUCUAUAGUUUUCAUAAUGAUUAUAUCUUUUGUAUAUUCUCUUGACAGCCUUUUGGUGAUCUCUUGAUUCACAAUCUCUGUACAUAACAUCAGACAUACACAGUACACAUCAAUAUAUUCUGAAUAAAUACAGUCAUGUACUAAGGUUCCUUAUAAUAGACACUUACACUAUGUAACUCUAACUGUGAAAACCUCUUUUCUCACACUACCAAACAUGUUUGCUGUAAUGGCCUGCUAAGUUAAAUGGCCCAGAAAGUAGCCACACACAGCACUUGUGGUAAAAUUGCAUCAAUGUUACAUUUUGGGUGCAUUCGUUUGGGAUGAUAAGGAUCUGGAUCAGUGAACUGAGAUCACUCAGUUCAUGGUAGAUCAAAUGUACCGAUGAAUCCUUGUCCAGAGUGGAUUUAUUGUUUUAUUUGAUCUUCCAUGAUCCCAGUGAUCUCAGAUCAUUGACCCUGAUCCAGAUCGUGCUAGGUAAAGGAACGCAUCCUUUAAGUCAUGCAGUUUCUUUUGCUGAUGAUAGUAAUUUGAAGCAAACUAUACGACAAAACACUGAUACUAACAGGAUAUUAUCUAUUCAAUUCGGGAAUUAACCUCCCUGGGAGGUAUUUGCUGUAGCGGGGGUUAAAACUUUAAGUCCUACACAUGUAAGAAUGACCAACAUCAAUUUUCUCCUCACUGUAUCCAUACAUCAUCAAAAGAAAAGGCUAUGAGAAGUAAAUGAUCAACAAAGGGAAAAUGUUUUGGCAUUUUAUCAAAAUCUUUCAACUAGUUCUUUACAGAAAUGUUUUGGAGAUUUGAAAAUUACAGAGUACAUAUGUAUGUGUGUGGAUAUUGGGGCUUAAAGGGUCAAUUUUUUUCAGUUUUUUAAUAGUUACCCCCACAGCUGAUACAAUAUUGAGUGAUGCAUUAUUUAAGUCAUAUUUUAUUGAAUGGGAUGAUUCCCAGCCUAAGGAAGUACAGGCAUUAAUAGGGUGUGUAAUAAAAGAUGUUUGUUCUAAAACUAUACAUAACCAUACUGUUAGUAGAGCAAGUUGGGUAGUUUAUUAAGGUGGCCCAGUUGAUACUGAUUUGAACUUGAGUUGCUAUUGUAUGCUGCACCAUUUUGAAAAUUAUCUUACCACUCUUGUUACUUUUUUUUUAGUUUAUGACACAAGCAGCAGAGAAACAUUUGAUAAACUGGAAGAAUGGCUAAAUGAAGUAGAAAUGUACUCAACAAAAAAGGACAUAAUAAAAAUGUUGGUUGGCAACAAAAUAGAUAAGGUAAUUUCAGUCCAUAUGAGCACUGGCUCUUUAAGCCCUUUCGAUCUGUAACAACAACUAUUAUUUUGCAUGCGUGUCGGUAUCUCAAUUUUGAUUGGCUAAAAACACGCAGCUUAAUGUUACUAGCACUUUUUUUGCAAUAUAAACCUUAAGGCACUAGUUUUACUACAUGUUUAUAUACAUGUGGAAGUUACUCAUACGUUUUGUACACGCGGAAGUGAUGCCAUUUUGCGGAAAGUAGUUUUAAACAUACAAGAAACGUCUGUUUUACAGAGGCUUUCAAUUCCUUCUGUGGAUACGAGUAGUUGUAGAUUCUGUGCAUGUUCUUUUUUUUUAUUAUUAAGUUUUAGGUGGGUAUCACAAAUUUGAUAGCAAGGCAUAGAUUUCGAGGUGGUGAUUACAUGUAAUAUUAUUUAUGUUGCUGUUACAUUUUAGGAAGGCCGUGAGGUUGACAGGAAACAGGGUUUGCAGUUUGCUCGAAGACAUUCUAUGUUAUUUAUUGAAGCAAGGUGAGUAAACAGUGGUUGAUUGAUUGUAAAAGGCUUAAAUAUUAUUGAUCGUAAAUUGCACAGUAUGGAACAAAAAAAAUUCGACUCCUCAAUCGCGCUUGGACCCACGACCUAACCUUACCAAGUUAUUAUUACUUUAAUACUUGUGAUUUGUUUCAUUCAUGCAGUGCAAGAACAAAGGAAGGAGUACAGCUUGCAUUUGAAGAACUUGUAGAAAAGGUAACUAUGUAACUUCAUUCUGAGAGUUUUCUCGUCAGUAAUUAUUGUAAUAAUUUAACUUUUAGAGACCUUUAGAUUCUAAGACAAAGACGACAAUGAGAACGAGUUUUGCUCAAUAAUAAAUAGUGCGCGCGUGUGAACCAGCGUCAUUCUGGCGGGAAAAUGUAAUAACCGUCGUCAUUCUACUACGGGUUUAACGAAGAUGUCGUAGUGACGGAAACACGUUGUCAAAUUUUAGAAGUUUUAAUGUUUUGCGAUCGGAAGGUGGAUCAACCUCCUUCAAUAAAUAUAACCGUGCUAACUUCUCUUGUGAAAAAAUUUAAAAAUGAAGUCUUCAGGGUGUCUUUUUUUUGAGAAUACGCGGAAAUAAAGUUAACAGUACAUGCAAGAGCAAGAAGUUUGCAUCCAACUAUUCAGUUUAAUAAGUUUGCAUGAUAUAAAUGAAUCUGACACAAAAUAAAGGCAAGCACGAUAAAUUAUUGUUAAUAAACAACAAGUGUUGUUCUUGAUUUACUCUGAAACGGUAUUUUGCACUGGUUGUGUAAAUACCCUCAAUACACACCGGAAUGUCACGGCUUGCCGCUUAAGUUGGUUGAUGGUAUAAUCGUAUCUGACUGUAAUGCUACUGAUCUGCAAGGAUGAAUAUAAUUUACUGUUGAGAAAUCAGUCACAUCGUUGUCGUACUCUCCACCGAAUUUUCAAUACCAGUGUCCUUCUGGAAAUACCGCAAAACUGUUCUACAAUGGACGAGACUCAGCUAAAGGGGAUGACUAUUAAAUGACACGCAACUAUUGCAGUAGUAGUUGAAUUUCAGUGGGACCCGAAACUAAGCCGUAUUUAGUGCUUUUGUGCCUCCCGCCCCAUGUUCGUACAUCUAGGGCCUUAGUUUCUGGGUGAAGUCAGUUUUUCUAGGCGCGGUUCCUGAAAGGCCGAUUAGCUCUAAUCCAGGAUUAGUUUUGGUCCACUUUUUGUAUUUACCUUCCUAUGCAUUGCUUAGAGUAACAUUUUAUGUUAUCAUUUUUUUUUUCGGAAAUAAAGGCACAACAGUGUCUUGUAAGCUCUUGUUACGUGUUCUUAGACAAGAAAACCUUGCUUAAAAUUUGGCUUAAUCCUGGGUUAAACUUAACCAUCUUUCGAGGAAAUGGGCGCUCAGAUAGACUGCAAAAAUUAUUUAUUCAAAGAAAUGUCAAAGAAAUCCCAGUUGUUCGAAGACCGAUUAGCGCUAACGCGGGCAUAAAUUUUAACCCGGGUUUCUCUUUCUUUUGUUUAAAAGCAUUUUCUCGGACAAUUAUCCCUAUUCUUUUUAGAGCAUCCAAUCAACAAAUUGCAGACCAAAGGAAUAGGCAAUUUCCGAGUUCCCCGGGCCUCUGUAUCAAAACGAGGUUAAGUGCUCAGCCUUUCUUGUGGAAAUGAGUUUUAUUUGCGUGAGAAUGGCUGAAUUUAUACUAGAGACGAGUUAUCCGUCUAGACGGAUUAGCCGUCAGACGGAGAAUUCGUCUAAGUAUAAAUCCGUAGACGAAUUUUGUUCCAUAAUUUGUCUAGAUAUUUUAAGCGGGAAACAGGAAACAUUGCGAAAAUACAGAAACCAGUCCCUCUCAUGUGGAAACUUCGUCAAAAAACCGUCUACGUUACGUCUAGAUAUAACUGAAUAUUAUCCGUCUGUUAGCACGUCUUCAAAAUGUGCUAACAGACUAAUCAGCCUCAGACGAAUUUUGCUCCAUAAUUCGUCUUUAGCACCGGAUUUACACUAGAGACGGAUUAUCCGUCUGAGACGGAUAAUUCGUCUCUAGUAUAAAUUCGGCCAAUGAAAAAUCAUUUCCAUAUCAAAAGCUGAGCACCGAACCUCGUUUUGAUACAGAGGCCCGGGGGAACUCGGAAAUGGCCUAUUACACAUGUAACGUGAAUUUGCCUUUUAAGUUUUCAUAUCUAAAUUCAAAUUUCGCUCUAACCUUGGGUUAUCUUUACCCCGCUUUGAAAAACCCGGCCCAAGUUUCCAAAGACUAACCUCACUGUCAUUUCUUUGUACAGAUAAUUCAGACACCAGGUUUAUGGGAGAAAGAUGGUGCCACUGGCGGAGUAAAACUGACAGAAGCCGGUUCACAAGUCAUCUCAGGAUGCAGUGGAAUGUGUUCACUUACAUGA